CUUGUUUCCUGUGGGUGGGGAGCAGCUUUUCAUGUCCAUUGACGCUGCAUUGCACCCGCGUCGCUCUCCGCCUGCUUAUUUUUGUCCUUUAAUCGGUGUUUACUCGCUGGGAACUCUGGGAAGGGGAGUACAUUAGCAGUGGGUAAACACUGGGUAUAAUUCCCUCUCCUGCACAUACUCUCAGCCAAGGCAAACAAACCCUGUUUGAGUAGCUCAUUGGCAGCAGCUGUCUCUGUGUGUGCGUGUAGAGGGGGGUCCCUGCCCCCCACAUACACAGCAACUGAAGCGAGAAAGUGGCUAAGACAGUUUCCUCGACGUGCCGUAUCACCUGAUCAUGGCAGAAGACCAGAGGGUCGCCUUUGCGAUUCAGAAGCUGGCAAACUAUCUGGAGUCUUUUUGAAAGUUGCUUCUUCCCAGUUGUUCGUUUCUGAAUGCACCAAGCCCACGAGGGGUUAACUCCCCCCAACUUUUUUGUGCCCACCCACCAGGAGGUGGAGCCAACUGGGCUGCUCUAUAAAUGCAGCCGCCACUGGAGGCGAGAGCAGGUGGCAGCAGGAGAGGGAGCGAGAGGUCGGGCUCUUUGCCAACUAAGGUGCGUCAUCAUCACCAGGUGCCCACGUGGGGCACCAGCUUGGACCGCAGAGGCUGCUUGCAAGGAGCCCUCUGGGCCAGCUGGCCUUUGCCCCACCCCAUGGCAUCCCUCCAGCCGGGCUCUUCAGGACUCUACCUGGAACCGCAGAUGGGACCCAGAGAUGACUCGGAUUCCGAUUCCGACAGCCCAGCCCCCAGCGGCACUAGGCCUGGGGCGGGCUACCCCACCUGCUCCCAGGUCAUCCACAGCGGACAUUUCAUGGUGUCGUCUCCGCACAGCGAUGUGGGGCCUCGCCGGCGCCACCAUCAGGCGGAGCAGGAAGCCCCUGCCCCUCCAAGCAUCGACCCCACCCUCACUCGCCUCUUUGAGUGCAUGAGCCUGGCCUACAGUGAGAAACUGGUGUCCCCCAAAUGGAAGAAUUUCAAGGGGCUGCGGCUGCUUUGCCGGGACAAGAUACGCCUCAACAAUGCCAUUUGGAGAGCCUGGUACAUCCAGUAUGUGGAACGGCGGAAGAGUCCUGUGUGUGGAUUCGUCACCCCCCUGGAUGGCUCAGAGGCAGAUGAGCACCGGAAGCCAGAGGCUGUCGUGCUGGAAGGGAACUAUUGGAAGCGACGCAUUGAGGUGGUGAUGAAGGAGUAUCACAAGUGGCGGAUCUACUACAAGAAAAGGCUCCGCAGGUUCAGCCGGGAAGAGGAAACCGCCAGCCACAAAUUAGAUGAACCUUGGAAGUCUCCGGAAAACUGGUGCGACCACCUCUUCUCCAACGUGGUCCCGAUGCUACUGCGGGACGAGGAGAAGGAGGCCGAUGGGAGGCAGCUCUUUGAUCUGGACAGCUUCAUCUCGGACAUCUCCGACACCCUCUUCACCAUGACGCAGGCCAGCUGCCCCCCUCAGUUGUCACCGGAAGAAGCCUACAUUGGCAAUGCAGACAUGAUCCAACCAGACCUGGCGCCACUGCAGCCGACCCUCGACGAUUUCAUGGAGAUAUCUGAUUUCUUUUCCAGCCCUCGGCCGCUGCCAGCUCAGACGUCCCUGAACUAUCAGGACCAGCCCUGUUUUGCAUCAGAGACCCUCUUCGGGACCACUGGCACCACCCUCCUCUCUAGCCCUGCAGACACCAUACUUUCCCCAGGUCCUGCCGCUUCUCCCGUCCUGCCCAGUCCUCGGCACCAGCCAGCCAGCGGGUGCCCUGCUCACCUCGGUUCGCCUGGCGCCUUCCUCAACCAUGACCUCCUGUCGGCUGCGCCCUCCUCAACGCCCCCCAGCAGCCUUGGCCCCGACCUCAAGCAGAAGUCCGUGUUCCCAUAUACGUACCCUGGCAAAUGGCUCAGCCUAGACCCCUACGGGCCCUACUGCCCCACCCCAAUGCCCAGUGCCCCUCUGCUGAGCCAGGAGCCAGGGCGCCCUCCUGCCCCCAACGCCAAGUUCCACUACCCGCCCUCCCCACUCUACUCUGGACCCCCAUCCCCAUCGCUCUCCACUCCCUGCUUUUCCCAGAACAUCCCAGGGUACAGCAUGGACCUGUCCUCAGGGUACCACUCUCCUCUCAGCACCCCACAACUACACACUGGUGUGCAAAGUCCCCCCAUAUUUGCUGCUGGUAGGGGGCAGCCACAGUCGGGGAGCGACCGGCCCAGGGCGAAGGGGGCCAAUGCCAAGACCAAGAGGCCCUCGAGAAUCCCAGCACCUCCACUUGUGGCAAUGCCCAACCCGUGUCUGACACAGCUGCUGAUCUCAGCUAAACCAGAGCCAGCUCAAGAGGCUUUGCCUGGUCCUAGCCACACCGUUGCUCCUCCGGUGCCUGAACCUCUGCAAAAUGCCUUUGGCGAGGAGCCGGCCAACUUCCUGCCCAGAAUGACCCAGCUCAGCCCUCGGCUGUCCCCCGCCUCCAGUCCCUCGCAGUCUGUCCCGGCCGCGCUGCCAUUGGGACCCCUGAUCGUCCCCAAGACGGAACGGCUCUCCCCCACCCCUGUCUGUGGCAGUAACCGGAGGAUGUCAGGGCAGGGAUCCCCAGUGCUGCUGAUGGAGGGGAUGAUUUCACCCAGCCCCUACUCGUGCAGUCGGAACAAGACAGAGCCAAGCAAGACCGAGAGCCGCCGGAUCACUCACAUCUCGGCUGAGCAGAAGCGCCGUUUCAACAUCAAGCUGGGCUUUGACACCCUUCACAGUUUGGUCAGCACCCUGAGCUCCCAGCCCAGCCUCAAGGUCAGCAAAGCCACCACCUUGCAGAAGACGGCUGAGUACAUUGGCAAGCUGCAGCAAGAGCGAGCCGCCCUGCAGGAUGAGGCCCAGCACCUGAGGGAUCAGAUCGAUGAGCUGAACGCUGCCAUCAACUUGUGCCAGCAGCAGCUGCCUGCCACAGGGGUGCCCAUCACCCGCCAGCGCUUCGACCAGAUGCGGGACAUGUUUGAUGAUUACGUCCGUUCUUGCACCUUGCAGAACUGGAAGUUCUGGGUUUUCAGCAUCAUCAUGAGGCCACUCUUUGAGUCCUUCAAUGGGAUGGUCUCCACAAGCAGCAUGGAGACCCUCGGCCAGACGUCCCUGGCCUGGCUGGAUCAGUACUGCUCUCUCCCAGCGCUGCGGCCCACCGUCCUGAGCUCCCUCCGUCAGCUGAGCGUUUCCACCUCGAUCCUGACCAACCCGGCAGCCAUCCCUGAGCAGGCCACCCAGGCAGUGACAAGGGCAGGAGCCAGCAAUGGUUCUUCGUAGCCCCAGAGGAUGGUGAGACUCCAGCAGGGGCCGUUGGCUAGAGCAGCACCAGCAAGAUCUCUCAUCCCAGCUGAGGAACUGUUUGUCCAGAGCGGCUUGGAGGAGAGAAGCAGCCUGGAAGAAAUUGCCCACACCCCAGGCUGGCCAGCCCCCAUUCCUGGAAAGGACGCCUCCUUCACCCUGGCAGACUAUUCUGUGCCCAUUUCUUCCUGAAUUUACUAGCGACCACAGCUCAAAAACCACCCGGCGCAAGCCACAACCGCAGCACUCUCCACAUCCUGGCCUAUGUAGGAAGUGGACUUGCCACCAGACCUCAUGUAGGCUGUGUACUUCUUCACACAGCGCAUAGUUCAAGUGUGGAACUCGCUCCUGCAGGGAGCAGUGAUGGCCACCAACCUAGAUGGCUCUAAAGAGGAUUAGACUAAUUUGGGAGGGAGGGCUAUUGAUGGCUACUAGCCAUGAUGGCUAUGCUCUGCCUGCACAGUUGAAUACCAGUUGCUGGAAAUGGCAAGAGAGGAGAGGGCUCCUGCUCCUGCUUGUGGGUUUCCCAGGAGAGGCAUCUGGGUGGCCACUGCGAGAACAGGAUGCUGGACUAGAUGUGCCCUCUUUGGCUCAAUAUAGCGGGACUAUUCUGAUCUUCUGAUGUCUGCUUUCUCUCUGCAGACAUAGUGGACACUCUUCAGCUUCUGCAGUGGCACUGUGCCACUUUCCCACUCACUGUGGGUUCUGGAAGAUGCCCUUUUUCCUCUGUCAAAUCUUGCCUGUCUCCAUCAGUGCCACCCAGGCCUCUGAGAUGCGCCCAUGUUGCAACUGGACAACCCCCUGCUUGUGCCUUAGCCCACAUUUCAGUCAUUUUAGGGGACUUUUUUCCAAAGGGAAUCCCAAUGGCACCCCACUUAUAUUGGUAGAACACACAUGGUUGCUUUUCCCAAAUGAAGAAAGACCUACAUUUUCAGACAGGGUACAUGGUCUCAUUCUUCAUUUGUGGGGAAACUUAGCCAAACCGCUGUUGUUAUGUUUUUGCAUUCACUAAUUUCUGAGUGAAAGGGAGUUUCAGGGCCCUCUUUUCUCAGAUGCCUCUCAGAAACCUGCACACUAGGCACAAACCCUCUCUCAGUGUUUUAUCUCCGGAAUGUGGAACUCUAAUGUAGACUGCCCUUGAACGUGGAGGUGUCACUUAGCUGUCACAUUUAGUUGCCCCAGCAUCAACCCACCUGCUAAACAGUGCAGCAACUGCCUUCUGCUAGCCAGCAAACUCCCCUGGUGACCUUUUAUUAAGCUCAUGCCUGUGUCUCUUUUCCAGCCCAUGUUUAAACUGCAAAAAAAUAUUCUCAACCCUCCACCCAAGGGAAAUAAAUCCCAGCUGCUCCUGUCUCUUUCAAAAUGAAACCAUCAGAACUAUCUUGUGCCAGGCUGUGCCAAAUCCGAAACAAGCAGCCACAAUUGUAACAAGGACAUGUUUGCACCUGCGUAGCGGAAACACUGCCUCCCAGUGCAGCAAUAAAACUUCUGCAAAAGCUUA